AUGCUUCACCGAGGCCCCAAGGCCUCGGACAGGAGAAGACAUUUGAGCGAAAUCCUCAGCUGGCACCAAGACCAGGCGUUGAGCAGUAACAUCUACCUGCUGCGGGAAAUGGGACCAACCGGCUUCCUACUGCGGGAGGAGGAACCGGAAAAAAAGAAUUUCCGAGUUUUUCUAGGAAACCCUCAUGUUUGUGAUUGUUCCACAUUUUUGAAAGAAAAGGAACUCUGUAAGCAUAUAUGCUGGAUCUUACUGAAAAAAUUCAAGCUUCCAAGAACUCAUGAAUCUGCUUUGCAGUUAGGUCUUGUGGAAGGUGAAAUCAGUGACUUGCUUCGGGGGAUACAUCAAGUCCAAACUCCUGGACAAGGAAUGAAAGAGGAAAACAUGCCUGUUGAGGAAGAUGGGUAUAUCAAACAGAAGGAAAUUGGUUCAGAUGAUAUCUGCUCUAUUUGUCAAGAAGUGCUUUUAGAGAAAAGACUUCCUGUUACAUUUUGCAGGUUUGGCUGUGGUAAUAGUAUUCAUAUAAAAUGCAUGAAGAUUUUAGCUAGUUUUCAGGAAAUAACUUCAAAGACUAGCAUGUUGAAGUGUCCUCUGUGUAGGAAAGAGUUUGCGCCACUAAAGCUUAUUUUAGAGGAAUUCCAAAACUCUAGCAAAUUUGUGACCACAGCAGAGAAAGAACGACUGGACAAACAUCUUGGAAUUCCCUGUAAUAACUGUAAACAAUUUCCAAUUGUGGGGAAGUGUUAUAAGUGUACGAAGUGUUUAGAAUAUCACUUAUGUCAGAAAUGUUUUGAUAGCUACAACCAUCAUUGUCACGCAUUUACAUUUCGUGAGAAGAGAAAUCAAAGAUGGAGAUCACUAGAAAAUCUGUCUGAUGAAAUUACAAAAUAUAGAAAUGUUAAAAAAGAUAUAGAAGAAAAGAUGCCACAUUUUCAAGAAAAAAAAGACCAGGUGUGCACGCCAAAGCACGUGGUCAAGUCACUGCCUCUCUCACUCAUCACGAAGAAGAGUAAGCUGCUUGCACCAGGAUACCAGUGCCGGCUUUGUUUAAAGGCAUUUCAUAUUGGUGAACAUACAAGAUUUCUACCAUGUACUCACAAGUUUCAUAGGAAAUGUAUUGACAGGUGGUUAUUCUACAAGUGCAAUGCAUGCCCUAUUGAUGGACAAGUUAUAUAUAAUCCUUUAACCUGGAAAGAAACAACAGUGAAUGGACACUCACAUCAGUCUGUUUCAAACACAGAUUUCACUCAUCUGACAAAGCAGGAAGAGCCAGAACUUUUUAUUCCUGGUACUGGAUUAGUCUUAAAACAAAAUAGACUUGGAAAUUUACCUCACAUACCUCAACAUGUAUCUGAAAAGUUGAAUAUACCUCAAAGUCCCACAGAUACUUAUCAGAAUGUAAGUAUAGAUUAUCUAAAUCCUACCAAAUUUCAAGAGACAAUUUCAAGAAAAUUAACCUAUGAAUAUAAAAUUAGCCAACAUUUUCCCAGAUAUCUCCAAGACUUACCUACUGCAUCUUUUCAACCAUUUCUUCCUUCUAUUGUUCAUAAGAAAACCAGAUGUCCUAGUGUAAUGAAAAAUCCACGUAUAAAUGAAAAAUUCCACAUUGGUCAGAGCCAGAAGACCACCAAAGAAUGUACUGACCACAAUCCAAAGAAGACCCCAGGUAGUAAAAUAAAAGAGGACAGCAGCAGGAAAUCAAAUACAUUGCUUUCAGAAGAUUUAGACCUUACCAUCAACUGGGGCAAAACACAAGUUAGCUCAAUUAAAAAAAAUAGUAAUCACGUGGGGAAAAUCAGACAGAAACUUGGCCAUCCAUCAAAAAAACCAAUAUCUCACUCUUUAAAUACAAAUACUAGUGAGAUAUCGUUGAUAUUGGAAGGAGUUCAGUUAUGAAAAUACAUUAUUGAUUAACAGGAAAUAUUUGAAUAUUGGACAUAAAAUAUUUUAUUAAUAGAACAUAAAAUUGCUAUAACUCUUAAUAGAAAGAUAUAGAAUUACCUAUUGUCAUUCUGCCCACUAUCUAA